CUGCCGAAAUGUGUCUCUGGUCAUCGUCAUCAAAUACAAAUAGCUCCCAUUAUUGCCAUCAACACUCCAGUGAUCGGACGACAAACUUGUUGAGAUCACUUGUUAAAUUGCUUUUAAUGGUCACUUAUCCAACUUGUUUCAGGUUUGCCUCAGGAUCAUUCUGGAAACGGGGAUCGCACAUUGUGACCGACCGCUGAAACGUGAGAGCAGUAACGCAGACUCAAGCUGUUGAAGAUGGAUAUGAUCAGUUCCUUCAGUAGCACAUUACUACUAAUCUUCCACUCAAUUAUCUUGUCGUCAUCCGCAUUAGAGCCUUAUGAUCUGCUAUAUGACAACGCAAUUGACGCUUUCCACAGCGGUGACUAUGCGAAUGUAGCGCGAUAUAUGGAGGGAGCGCUCAGCAGCUUCUCGGAGCUGCGUCAGACUAAAGUGCGAUGUCGGCUCAAAUGUAAGGAACAUCGUUUCGAAGCCGACCCAUUAUCGGACCUUAACUUUUUUGACGUGGUACUGCGGAGAGCGUCCUGUCUGAACGACUGUAUGGAGAAACAAUUGGGACCGCAGUCAAUGCACAAAGUCAGCGAGGAUGUCAUCCAGGACUUCAAUAGACGGAUACCUUACAACUACCUGCAGAUGGCUUAUCUCAAGUUAAAGGAUCUGGAUAAGGCCGCUUCAGCAGCACACACAUACUUCCAGGCCAACCCGGAACAUGUGGAGAUGGGCCGCAACCUGGAGCAGUACAAGAGCCUGCAGGGAGUGGACUCUAAGCAUUUCAUUGACAGAGAAGCCCGGCCACAUCAGAAAGCCUUUGCAGAAGGGGUGAAGCUGUACGAGCAGGGCGAGUAUGGGAAGGCUAUUCCGUUCUUCGAGGAGGCCCUGACACAGUACUUUAAGGCCGACGUGGAGUGCCGAGCGCUCUGUGAGGGCCCUCAGAGGUUCGUGGAGCAGGACCACGUGCUGUACCGCUACAGCCUCUACGAGCUCAUCUCAGAUCACUAUACGCAAGUCCUGCACUGUGAACAUGAGUGUGUGCGGGAUUUGGCCACUCGCCCUGGACGUCUCUCACCCAUGGAGAACUAUCUGCCCCUGCAUUAUGACUACCUGCAGUUCGCCUACUUCAAAGAGAGCCGUUUCCAGGAGGCCUUGGCAUGCGCUCACUCCUACCUGCUGUUCCAUGCGGGGGACGAGUUCAUGACUACUAACGUGGAGUAUUACCAGGAGGAGCUGGGCCACGACACAGCCCCCCGAGAGGAGGCAGACUGGUACGUCAGACGCCACAAGCAGGAGCUAGAGUUACUGACGGUGGGCAGCCAAAACAUGGGAGUGGAAUAUACAGAAGGGCAUUACUGGAGCAGCUCAGGCGGGAGGGAAGAUGCCAACAGAAUCCCCUCUGGUACUGAUGGCUGGAUGGACUAUGUCCCAAUUUCAGAGAAGAAAAACACCACAGUCACUGUGGUGCAGGAACUCAAAGAAGGAGGACCACUGUUGUAUGAGAAGGUGAAACUGGUCCAGACAUCUGAGUCUCUCAACGGGACCCAGCGUGUCCUGCUGGAUGAUGUAAUCUCCGAUGACGAGUGCACAGAGUUGAAGAGCCUUGCGCACGCGGUGACCAUUGCAGGAGACGGCUACAGAGGGAAAAUGUCCCCCCACACACCCAACGAGAAGUUUGAGGGGGCCACCGUGCUGAAGACUCUGCAGUUUGGCUACGAGGGACGCGUGUCUCUAAAAAGUGCACGCUUGUUCUAUGAUGUCAGCGAGAAAGCACGGAAAAUAAUUGAGUCGUACUUCAUGCUCAACUCCACUUUGCACUUCUCCUAUACACACCUGGUGUGUAGGACAGCAAUCACAGGUCAGCAAGACCACAGACAUGACCUCAGUCACCCCAUCCAUGCUGACAACUGCUUACUAGACCCAGAGGCCAAUGAGUGUUGGAAGGAGCCACCUGCAUACACCUGUAGAGACUACAGCGCUCUCCUGUACCUUAAUGGAGACUUUGAAGGAGGAGAAUUCAUCUUCACAGAGAUGGAUGCCAAAACAGUCACAGCUCAGGUGAAGCCUCGGUGUGGCCGUAUGGUUGGCUUCUCAUCAGGAGGAGAGAACCCCCAUGGAGUGCGUGCGGUCACCAAAGGCCAAAGGUGUGCUGUGGCCCUGUGGUUCACACUGGAUCCCCUGUUCAGAGAGCUGGAGAGACUUCAGGCAGAUGAGGUUAUGGAGGCUCUCAACAACAUGCAACAGUGGAAGUUGGACAGUGAUAUUCAAAUCAACCCCAAAGACGAGUUGUAGCACCGAAAAUUGGCCUCGAAUCAUUAUCUAUUUAUUUAAUGAUGGUGUGAUGAGAACAAUUCUAUUUUUGUAUUGCUUGAGAGGGAAAGUCUGUUUUAUUGUGUGUGUCUGUGUGUUCGUGUGUGUGUGUGUGUGUUUGUUCUGAAGUGUAUGUUAAAAAUGUAUGUUUUUUGGGCUUUUUUAAAAUGUGCACAGCAGUUUUUCAAGUUUUUCAGUCAUUUUUCAAGUUUCAUCCCGCUGUUGUGCCUGACUAGUCACUGUCAAUCCACAAAGUUCUGUGACUUUGUAGAAACACUGAAAUGAAAGAUAAAAAUCCUUAACACUGUGCCUAGAUUUCAUGUUAAUCUUAGAGCUAGACUAGUGUGUAAGCAAACAAUUUAGGGCACUGCAUUUCCAAUAGUGAGCUUUCAGCUUUUACAUUUCAAGUAUAGUCUGCAUUAUGUCAGAAAACGAGCCACACUUCAUAGUAUCAGUCAGUCAAGGCCAAGGCUAUGUCACAGAUAUAUAUAGAACAGCUAUGUGUAGGUUGCCUCUCAGCUACAUUUCAGUACAAGUACUGAAUUCCAUUAGCAGAUAGUUUAGCCACUGUGUGUUUUAUUGACAAGCAGAAGCAACGCUGGCAUUAUCAAGUUUCCUCACACUGUAAUGUACAUAUUCACCCACUGAGCCUUGAAGACAUGCUUUUCACUUUAACUUGAAUGGUUGAUAUGCUAUGUAAUCAAUGUGUUAUGUAGUCAGACAUCAACAGUGUCUUUCCAUGGAUAUCAGCAGACCGUUGUUUCGGUCAAGGGAUUUGGCUGAAUCUUUAAGGACAUGCCAUUGUGUGACUGAGACCCUAAAAAGGACAGGCAGUCAUGACAGCACAGUAAUGGUUGUAAUGAUUUAUUGUGUUGUUUUAUUUUGUUUGUUUGUUUGUAAGUUUAUUUACAGAUUUCACAGUCCUUUGUCUGUUUCUAAGUAAUUUUAUGUAUAAGUAAUAUUAAGUAAUAUUACGUGCCUGUCUGCCUGCCUGUGUGUGUGUGUGUGAAAGCGUUUGAGUGAGUGUGUGUGCAACUUGAGUGUGUGGCCAGCAGGAAAUCCAGUAAGUCUGUUCAUGUCGUCGUCAUUUUGUACUUCUCCUUUUAACUGUGUGGAAUCAGGGGUAGGUGACUGCACAGUAGUUGGUAAAACGGUACAGUACGUGAGUGAAUGAGAACAUCUGCUUUUGCAGCUGUCAGCAUUUGAUAUAAGGAGCUUUUUAAAUAAAAGAGGUUAUUUAUUCCUGUUUCAAGGAAUUUUAAAUAUGAUGUGGCAUGUAAUUGUCCUUUCUUUUCAAACAUGUCUAGUCACCUGGUCAAUUUAAGUGCACUGUGCUCUUUAAGUAAGGCCUUCAUGAUAAGUUUUCAGUAUUAAGCUUGUAAUCAUUUUCCACAGAUCAUGCCUCAGUUUUGACAAGGAGGAUGGCCACUUUUGUCUCUAAAAUAUUUAAGUAUGAGUAUUUAAGUAUUCAAUAUCUCACUGAAAAUUCACCUUUGUUAUAAAAAACAUAUAUAAAUUAAAGAUAUAAAUCAA